CAGUUACACGUCCUUUAAUAUUCCCAUGAGGGUCGGUCGUGCAAAGUAUUUAGCAGCCUUAACUUCACAGGAUUGGCUCCAUGCCCGGGUGACUCCUCAAUGAAAACACCGCGCACUUCCCAGAAUAGAAAUCCCACUUCAGCUCAGGACGAGAACGAAACUCCCUGUCUGCACAAAAAACCACCAGCAGCAGCGGCGGCGGCGGUGAACUUUAUCUAUCUGCUGCAACCUGCUGCGUCAGUGCGUCAUUUUCAACCGAAAACGCGUCCUGGGAGUCGGUUCCUCCCCCUCUAUCGUCGCCGUCGUCCUCCUCCUCCACGUGAUUUGGGUUCAGCCUCACCUGUUAACGCCGAACUGUCAUUCCUGCCGGGAAUUUGUUUGUCCACCACAGCUGAGAAGAAUAGGAAGCGAGCGGCGGGAAUCUCCACGAGGAAGAGCGCAGCUCCGAAAGUGAAACACUGAGAAGUUUACUCUGCUGCUGGUCUCUGCCUGACAGUUAUGAGCACAAGGACUCAUCUGGGUUUGAGCUCCAGGACCUUUUGUUUAAGUAUUUAGAAAUGCCCCAGCACAACAUGGAGAACUCCGGGGUCCAGUGGCAGCAGGGUCCUCGGUCACCAUGGAUCAGCAGAGUGGCUGAAGGUCAGAGCCCCGCCUCCUCAGGGGCAGAGUCAGACACGGAGAGCAGCGGCACGGAAAGAGAAAAGUCCUGCGUUAAGAAACUGGAGGGAAACUCUCUGAGGGUCCUGCCAUCGCCCACACAUCUCCAACACCGCAUCACGGAGCUCGACCAACAAAGGGAAGAACUGAAGAUCGAGCUGCAGCUGGAGAUCGCUCUGCUGCAGGGUGAGCUGCAGACUGAGCAGGAGCAGCUGCACAGACACAUGCAGAAGCUGGAGACUCUAAAGACGGAAGCCAGACAGCAAGACAAGAGGAAACACUCAGACAGACUCAAGGAGCGAGAGAGUUUGGAGGAGGAGAGGAGCAGGGUGAAAGAGCUCAGGAGGAGGUGCGAGGAGAAAGAGAAGCUGAUUCCCACUCUGCCAGAGAGUCAGAGGGAACAGCUAACGGUGCAGCUACAGCAGGAGAAGGAGCAGAUGGAGGCGGCAGUUCGGGCUUUUGAAGACUGGGAGUUCCGUGUUCUGGAGCGAGAGAGCGGCAUUGACGAGGAGGAGUGCGAGGACGCAGAUGGAGAGAAGGAGUUGUCAUGUCAGCAGCAUGCAGUCAACGCUGCUCAGGAGCGAGUCCAGCAGUUGGAGGAACAGCUGAGGGAGAUGGAGAAGGAGAAGGAGCGAGAGCUGAGCGCUCUGAGGAAGGAGAAGAGGGAGCUCGUCCACACGACUCAGAUGGUUCUCAAAGAGAAGAAACCGCUCAUUGAUUGGUUGAACAUCACAGACGUCGCUCCCCGCAUGAUGUCACUCUCUCCGUCGACGGUUCAUAAGCCUCCACAGGAUCAUUACAAAGAAGCCAACAGUUUACCGAGACGGCGAAGUUCCCAUCGGAACAGACUGGCCGACCGGCCGCUGUCGGUGCAGGGGUUGGUGAGGAUGCCUCCUGACAGUCACACCUCAGAGGCUCAGGCGUCCCCCCUCGUCUCGCACCGACUCAGCAACGGGCACGCUAACGGACACAAACCUGUGAGCAGCAACGGCGGCGGGCUGCUGACUCCAUGCAACAGUGCAACCAGCUCUCGUGCUGCCAGCCCGUGUCUGGUGGAUCUCAUCGAGAUUGAGAGGAAACUGAAGGAGGCCAAAUUGGAGCGGGAGCGCUUACUCAGGGAGCGGGAAGAGCGACGGCGCGUGAUGUUGGAAGAGAGAAACCAAAGAGAACUUAACACUUCAAUAGAGGAAGCAGCAGAACCAGACGAUCUUCAAGAACCAGAAUUAGAACCAAACCCGUCACCAAAGGCCGUUUCCUGUCCAAACCCGUCUCAGUUGUCCCCACAGCAGCGCAGCCUGCCCCUGUUUCUGUCUCCAAACUUUGACCUUCGGGCCCACGUGGAGUCUCUGGGUCACGGGGUCACCGGCUGCACGGACCUGCGGCUGACGUCGCGGCGCUGCGCGGGCUUCCUGACCAAGAGAGGCGGGAGGGUGAAGACGUGGAAGAAGAGAUGGUUCCUGUUUGACACGGACCACAAACGACUCGCCUACUAUACAGAUUGUGAUGAAAGGAAGCUGAAGGGAGUCAUUUACUUCCAGGCAAUAGAAGAGGUUUACUACGACCAUCUACGAACAGCCACCUCUUCUCCGCGGCCGAGCCUGACCUUCUGUGUGAAGACCUACGACCGUCUGUUCUUCCUGGUUGCUUCCAAUGCGGUGUCCAUGCGGAUCUGGAUGGACGUCAUUGUCACGGCAACAGACGAGCACAGCCGAUAUUGACCUUUUUCCAUAUAAAACUGUGAAAUAAGGAGGGACGCUGCUGA